UCGCGAUCAAAAAACGAAUCUGCUGCUGUUGGUGGCGGCGGAGCAAGAUGAGCAACGGCACUGGACCACGAACCAGGUCUCGCACACGCCAGUCCCUGUCGGCGUGGGGUGCGCGGCUGAGCGACGCGGACCAUGCUGCCAUGCAGGAGUUUGCGACCGACCAGCUGAACAAGGCCAUCAAGGACACGCGUGCUGGCGCGGCUGCGAAGCCCGCUCGCUCCUCAAAGUCAUCCAUCUCAUCCUCAUCGACAACAUCGUUCACCAGAGCAGAGUUGGAGCUGCGCCAGCAGCAGCUGGGUCGGUACACCCGACAAGCGACAGAGCGCGUCGACAACUACGUCCGCAUCACCAACUCGCCUCCAGCGGCAACGUCAUCAUCAUCAUCAUCAACAACGGCGGCGGGAGCACAGCGCCCACUGGAGGGGUGCUCUGAGGUCGUGCUCGGUGGCGGGCAGAAUGCCGCACCCGACAGCAGCCGUCCAGGCAACAGCAACAGCACCAGCGCAACCAGCACCGUGCCGUCCUCCCCCUCCCGUCAUCGUCGUAACCGGCAACAACAACAGCAGCCAGUGUCGCCAGCAUCUGCAGGAGCGCAGCACGUGCAACCGCAACAAAGCCCGCGCGCACACGCACCGCGGCCGCUGCGUAGGCGAAGCCGACCCAGCGUUGCACCAGAUGAUGAUGGUCGAAGCGAUCGGGCACGACCGCUGACGCUCGAUGGCUUGCGAAGUGACGACGAUGAUAACGACGAUGGAGACGAUGAUGAUGAUGAUGAUGAUGAUGAUGAUGAUGAUGAUGAUGAGGGGCUGACAGACCGCACUGCGCAAGGCCGCAUCCCACCGCUCUCCGCACGCGGGGUAGACGGCCUGAUGAGUGACGAUGACAACGACAACGACAACGGCGAUGGCGAUGGCGAUGGCGAUGGCGAUGGUGAUGGUGACAGUCGUGGUCGUGGUCGUGGUGGACAGAUGAACGGAACAACACCGCACCCCGUCAUCCUCAACGCCUUCUCUCCGCCGCAAUCGCCGCGCAUCCAACACGCAGCCCAAACAAAGGACAAUGCGCAUGACGCAAUCGAUGGGCCGAAAGCGCCGCCGCAAUCGCUCUUUCUCCGCAUGGUCCUCCUUCCAUUUCGCGGUUUGAGCGUUUUCAUGUUUCUGUGGACCAUCGCGCUCAUCUGGAUCGACCUCCAAACUCUCAACACACUGCGCGUGCUGCUGCUGCGCGUGCGUGCGUUUGUGCUGUAUCCCGUGCGCGAUUUCGCCACAUUCUCGCGCCUCUUCUGGUCAUUUGUGACGACAUUUCUUGCUGUCGUGUUUGCUGUUCUGCUCCUCACGGACUCUGUGGCGCUGGACGGAGCACCGUGGCCAAAAUCGUGGCGGCCGCUGUCACCAAACACGACCGCACACACGACCGCAUCGCUCAUCGCAUCCUCUCUCAUCGAAUCCACCGCCACUGCGUCGCCAUCAUCACCAUCAACACCAUCAACGCCGCCACCCCCGCCUGGCCUGACUGUGGAUGACGCAACCAUGCUGUCUGACAGCAUGGCCACGACCGUUUUAAACGCAAUUAGCAAGGAAGGACAGCUGGCGACGUCACAGGACGUUUUGUCCGUUCGCACGGCCCUGGAAGGACUACAGCGACGCAUCAACGACGUGGAAUCCGCAUGCCGGUCGAGCCAACCUUCCGCCCCAUCGCCAUCACCGUCGUCGUCAUCGUCGUCAUCGCUGCUCUCUGCAAUUGAAGAGGAACUCAAUGCCUUUGUCGCACAGCUGCGCACAUCGUGCAGCGAAGUGACGAAUGUUGCCGCGGAUGUGCACGCGCUCACCGCCAACCAUCAUGACGUCGUUGCGCAACUCAAGGCAACGCACACGCUUGUUGGGACGAUGCAGCAAAGCGUGCAGUCGCUGUCUGACACACAACUUGGACAGGACGACAAGCUGGCACAGCUGCUGACGUCACUGCAGUCGCUGCAAUCGGAUGUUUUGUCCGCCCUGAAGGCAAUGGAGUCAAACACACGCGCACGCGAUCAAGACGAUCAUGCUGGGCAUCGACACCUCGACGACGACGGCAACGACCAAGAACACAUCACCAUUGAGCCCCGCAUUGACCUCCCGCAACAGGGGUUUGGCGUUGCGUGGGUGGAGCCCAUUGCGUUUGAUCAGGUGCAUGCGGUGCAGGUUGAUGACGGGCAGUCCGUCUCCAUCGUCACCGCUGACGGCAUCCACAAACUCGGCACGACGUCCCAGCUGGUCACGGACAACAUGGUGACGCUGAUUGAGGCGUAUUGCAUCUACAAGGCCGGCCGCGCCGUGGCAGCGUAUGCGGACAUCAACGUGCCCUAUGGCGCGAACUACGGUGUACUCGAGCGCUCGGAUGCGCAGGCCAUCCUGAUGAAGCAUGGUGCCACCGACGGGCUGUACCUCAUUCGCAAGUCGCCCACCAGCGAACACGACUAUGGGCUCUCAGUGUGCAAGGACAAGACCGUGACCCAUUUCAAGGUGAAGCUCUUUCCGUCCGGAAAAUACGGAAUCGGAACAGGACUCCACUUCCUCACCGUUGGCGAGCUCGACGAGCACUAUCACUACUACCGCGAUGGUCUUGUGCAUGUGCUCACCAAAAACGUCAUCGGGCUUGAGCAGACAUACGAGUCGAGCACGUACGCGACGGCGACGGCCGACCAGACCGCAUUCCGCUUGGACGAAAUGCACUACGUUCUUGACGAGAGUUUGGACGACGACCCGCGUCCGCGCAAAACAAUCAGAGACAUUGAGGUGCAUCGGUCUGAAAUCCGACUUGGAAAGGAACUUGGCUCCGGCGAGUUUGGAACCGUCCUUGAAGCUGUGCUCGCCCGUUCCGGCCAGGCCGCCAUGACCGUCGCCGUCAAGCAACUCAAGGCACCGCCCGGAUCGACUGCCGAGCGCGAGUUCCAACGGGAGGCGGAGGUGAUGGUUGCACUCGAUCAUCCGCACAUUGUGAAACUUCUCGGCGUGUGCAGCAGCAGUCCCAUGCUCCUCAUCUGCGAGAUGAUGCGCGAGGGGCCGAUCAACAAGUACCUCCGCGCCAACAUCCACACCAUCACCGUCCCAACACUCCUCCACUACAUGACGCAGAUUGCUGACGGCAUGAAGUAUCUUGAGUCUGUCGGUUUCGUCCAUCGUGACCUCGCUGCCAGAAACAUUCUCGUCCAGGACAAGGACACCGUGAAGAUUGCAGACUUUGGGCUGUCUCGUGUGAUUGACCACUCGGACUACUACCGGGCGGAGGCGCGAGGCAAGUGGCCGAUCAAGUGGUACGCGCCCGAAGCAAUCCUCUACAACAAGUUCUCCAGCAAGGGCGACGUGUGGAGCUUUGGCGUGACGAGCUGGGAGAUCCUGCAGUACGGUAUGAAGCCUUACCGCGGACUGAAGGGCCGGCAGGUGCUGGAGGCGAUCAACAAGGGCGGUCGACUGCCGCGACCCGACGCAUGCCCCGUCUCCAUCUACGAAAUCAUGCUCAAGUGCUGGGAGUAUGAGCCAGAAAACCGGCCCACCUUCAAGGAGCUUCACGAGCAACUGUCCUCCCACCCAGAACGCAAAGAGGCCCAAGGCGACGUCGCAACACAGGACACGUACCAGAAUCUUGUCAACGAGCAGACGAUUUACGACAUGGCUGGCGACACCAAAGCCCAGGCCGAGCCGCGGGCUGGCGGGCGGGGCGUGCUGAGCCAGGAGUCGAUUCGACGAACAAAGGAGUCACCACGGUACAUUGCGUACCAGUUUCUUACGCUGCACGAGCGGGUGGGGACAGGCGCGUUUGGCGAGGUGUGCCGUGCGACGAUGCAGACAACCGCUGGCCCACACGAAGUUGCCGUUAAGUUCUUGAAAGUGGACACGUCCGACGAGCAGCAGCAGAUGCUGCUGGAUGAGGCGAAAGUGAUGCACGCACUGCGCCAUCCGCAUCUCGUGCAGCUGUUUGGCAUUUCCGUCGACCAGCACACAUGCAUCAUCACAGAAUACAUUCCAAUGGGCCCGCUGAACAAGUACCUGCAGGCAAACCCGACGAUGCCAAUCAAGGCGUUGCUCGCAUUCUGCCAGCAGAUAUCGGAUGCAAUGGCGUAUAUGGCGAGCCAUAAGUUCGUCCAUCGCGAUCUCGCAGCGCGCAACGUCCUCGUUUCGUCCCCGAGCGUGUGUAAGGUUGCAGACUUUGGGCUGAGUCGUGCCGUUGGCAAAGACAAGGACUACUACCGAUCAAAGAACAGGGGCACGUGGCCCAUCAAGUGGUAUGCGCCAGAGAGCCUGUACUAUUCUCGCUUCGAUUCCAGAUCCGACAUGUGGUCCUACGGCGUGACGCUGUGGGAGGUGUUUUCGUACGGGCAGAAGCCGUACAAAGGUCUCAAGGGCCGCGAUGUCAUUCUUCUCAUCAAGAGGGGCGAACGGCUCGAGAAGCCGGCAGCCGCGCCAGAGUGGCUGUACAAGUUGAUGCUGUCGUGCUGGGACGUGGAUCCAGCGCGCAGGCCCGUGUUCCAGAAAGUGACCACCAUGCUCAAGCGUGCCAUCAUUUGACACAACGACCGCGGUCGUGGCCUGCCUGGCUGGUCGUUGUGGAUUGUGUGCUGUAGAUUGUGUGUGUGUGUGUCAAUGUGUGUGCGUGUGCGUGUGCGUGUGUGUGUGUAUGUGUGUGUGUGUAUGUGUCUGUGUCUGUGUGCGUGUGUGCGUGUGUGUGUGUGUGUGUGUGUGUGUAUGUGUUUGUGU